AUACUGGAAUGGGUUGCCAUUUCCUUCUCCAGGGGAUCUUCCCAACCCAGGGAUAGAACCUGGGUCUCUUAUGUUGCAAGUGGAUUCUUUAUCAAUUGAACUACCAGGGAAGUGACCUGCAUCUAAAGCAUUUGUUGUCACUAAUGGUGUGUUUCAAACCACCUGCUACAUAGCUUAAUGGUUGCAGAGCAAUUUAUUAUAAAAGGGCCCGUGGUGAACUUGCGAGGGAGGGAUUUAGGCAUUGGAUCCCUUCAUUUGCUUAGCCUUUUUCUUUUUUUUACUAUAUAUUUAUUUGGCCAUGUCAGGUCUUAGUUGUGGCAUGUGGGAUCUUUAAUUGCAGUGUAUGGGAUCUAGUUCCCUGAUCUGGGAUAGAACUCUGGCCCCCUGCAUUGGGAGCUUGGCGUCUUAGGCAGUGGACCACCAGCCAAGUCCUCACCUAGCUGUCUUGGAGCUGCUGAUUGCUAACAGGCCACCCUGUAGUGUGACUUCUGUUGACCUGUUGGUCCCUCCUAUGACAUCGUGGGCUUGGGAAGCAGGGCUGGUGUUUGCUUGUUCUCUAUCUCUAGUGCCUACAUGGUGCCUGGCAUGUAGUAGAUGUUCAGCAAAUAUUUGUCCAAAGACAGAAAAGGGGACCCCCCCCUCCUUUCCACAUAUUAAGUAUUUUAAACCCCCCAGAGGAGUCCUUAUUUUCUAAAUCCCCUCACCCACUUCCUGGGCCCUGCAAGCUGCCCCGUGCACCCUUCCCUUGCUCCCUCUGUCAUCUCUAAGUGUCUGGAGGCCCCGGUUUGUGCUGUUUAUCCUUAAACCAGGGAGCCCAGACCUGGACACAUGACCUCUCAGACUUACAAAUCCCAGCUGGAAUGAGGAACAGUAGCAUCAGGGUCUGGCCAGGGUUCCAGGCUGACAGACACAUUUGGCCCCCCAAGCAUGCCUGCUUCCCCUCCUCCCUCUCGUGGUGACGAGGAUUCUCCAAGGUGCACACAGGCUCCUGUAGGUGAGGACUGGCGAAGAGGGAUUUCCAAGCCCACACUUCCUCUAAGAACACCUCUUAUGCCUAUGAAUAUAAAAUCAUCAGCUUUGAAAUGUCUUCUUCCCCAAGGUCAUAAGGAGGGGUUUCUGGGGGUGCUGGUAUUGUCCUUGUGCUUGACCUGGGUGCUGGUUACUGCAUGUUUGCCUCAUAAUAAUUCAUUAAGCUGUAUACUUUUCUGAAUGUGUGUUAUAAUUCACGAUAAAAAAAAAAGUACUCCCCCCACCCCAGCCUCAAGCCUUUAAUCCAAUCAAUUCAUGUUUAACGAGUCUGCAUCCAACCCCUGCUAGAGAAGGAGAUUUUUGUCCUCAAGGAAUUUCCUGGAGGAAGCAAAGUAACUGGAGCAUCAAAAGACUAUGAAUUAUAUCUGGAAAAUAGGCCAUGCUGUCAUUUUGAGGAGGAGUCCAGAGGUCAAGGAGGUAGUGGGACUCACACUGGGCCGAAGAUGUAGAUGUGAUUUAGUUAAGUGGAGAGAAGCAGAGGAAGGCUGUUUAGCUGAGGAAACUGUGUGAUCACAAGCUACGUGAGUUAGGUAGGGCUGAGCCUGCUGUGUCUGGGGGGCAGUGAAGAGACCUUGGUAUUGAAUAGUUUAUGGGAGUAAGACUGUCUUGAGAGCUUUAGGUGCUGUCCCCUACCAAGUAUGGGCAGGACAGAUGCCACUUACAGUGCAAGCCUGCCUUGUGGGACGGGAGAGCCCUGUGCCCUCGUGCAAGAGCAGACGUGUAUGUUCCAUAUUUCUUAGCUCCUUUUCAUUGUUUUGUUUGAGCCACAGGCUCAUGUGAGUUCAUAAUCCCCAUCCCAGACAGACUGGAAGUUACAUCAGCCAGAUGCAUUAUACGGGCAGCCGCGUUCCUGCGGAGACACUUGCUCAAUCCCUGACUUCUAGCCCUGCCCCACCGUGCAGCUGCUUUCAAGUCCCAGCACCGAGAGACUGAUUAGAACUGGGAGUCCCAGAGGAGGUAUGAGAACUCAGGGCUGCAGUUUCAGGGACUGUUACAGGCUAUGAGAUGACUCCACCUCACCCCCAGCCCAAGAGCCCUGAAAUUCCAGGACUUCACCUCCCAUCACCAAGGAUAUGGCUGGCCACCUGAGAUCAUGGGUGAAUAUGCCGUGAAGCGCUGGGAGGUUCUCAAGCUUCUUGCAGGGUUACUAAGUUUAAUACAAGGAAGCAAGACUAGGAUGUGUUUCUACUUACUUUUGAGAAUGGAAAUCAAAGCAGUCUCUGUACAUAUAUAGAGGGACGAUGAUGAGGCUUAAAGCAGAGGAGAAGAGCUAGCUAUAAAGCAGUAGCAGUCUAGUAGUGACGCUGAUGAUGACGGGAACUACCAAGCACAACGAUUAACUGUGUGCUUAGCAUUAUGCUAAACACCCACUUCUUUCAUUUAAGCCUCACAAUAAUCCUAUGAUGUGCAUGCUAUUUUUAUUUCCAUUAUACAGAUGAGGAAACUGAGGCUUCAAGGCAUGAGCUGAUUCCCCAGAGUCAUACAAAUGUUAAGUGCGGAACUAGGAUCUCAAUUCCAGCAAUCUUACUCCAGAUUACUUACAUUGUGGAAGCCAGUGAUGCCCCCUUUAAGCCUUGUCUGGACUUGGAGAGGAUGUCCUCGCUUAUGGACCAGAGCAUGCCAGCGCCUGUGGCCAGUGUGCCAUUCUUAGAGACCAUCUGGCACAUUUUGUUUGCCCUGGUUUCUCACUAGACAACUUUUGCAUUUGGCUUCCCAUGUGACUCACAUACAGAGAAAGAGGGCCAUGACCUGCAAGCUUGACGGCUGUAUUUUUCAUUAGUUAAUUAAGAAACUGGCUGCCUGGGUUCACACACGUAUCUGUUUCUGAUGGUUUGGUUAAGGUGAGCCCACCCCAGAGUUGAAGCCCACCGUGUACCAACUUAAUUAAGAUUCUGGGGGUGCAAGCACAGCCCCCAGCCCAGGCCUGUGUGCCAAGGAAAUUCCUCUUGGCCUCCUUUUGGCGGGCUUGGCUCGCCUUCCCCAGUGACAGCCUGGCUCUUUCGAUUCGAGCUGCCAGGUCAGACUGAGAGGGUCGUCUGCAGAAAGAAGGAAGCAACAGUGCCAGGUUCCAGUAGGUGUUCCAAGUUCCACAUUCCGCCUGCAGACUCCCGGCGCCAGAGCAAAGGCUGGCCCUUGGCAGGGGGGCUGGUAAGGAUUUGUCUGCUCAGAAAGUGGAGCUCCAGAAACACACCUGAAAUUCUGCCCUAAGUCAGAGGAACCAGAGGUCCACCAGUUCUUCCUCUACCUCCCUUUCCAGGAGCAGCCAUGGCCCUGAGUGAUGUCGAUGUGCAAAAGCAGAUUAAGCACAUGAUGGCUUUCAUUGAGCAGGAAGCCAAUGAGAAGGCAGAAGAAAUAGAUGCCAAGGCUGAGGAAGAGUUCAACAUUGAGAAAGGACGCCUUGUGCAAACCCAGCGACUGAAGAUUAUGGAGUAUUAUGAGAAGAAAGAGAAGCAGAUAGAGCAGCAGAAGAAAAUCCAGAUGUCUACCUUGAGGAAUCAGGCAAGGCUGAAAGUCCUGAGAGCCCGAAACGACCUCAUCUCAGAGUUGCUGAAUGAUGCAAAGCUGAGACUCAGCCGGAUUGUGACAGACCCAGAAUUUUACCAGGGGCUGCUGGAUAAACUAGUGCUCCAGGCUCUGCUCCGACUGCUGGAGCCUGUGGUGACUGUACGCUGCAGGCCACAGGACCACUUCCUGGUGGAGGCUGCAGUGCAAAGAGCCAUCCCCCAGUACACCGCAGUCUCCCACAGGUGUGUGGAAGUUCAAGUUGACAAAGAGGUGCAACUGGCUACAGACACAACUGGAGGUGUGGAGGUCUACAGUAGCGAUCAGAGAAUAAUGGUUUCUAAUACUCUGGAGAGUCGACUGGAUCUCUUAUCCCAGCAAAAGAUGCCAGAAAUAUGAAAGGCCUUGUUUGGAGCCAAUGCCAACAGGAAGUUUUUUGUAUAAGCCUUUGGAAAGUGAAGCUCCUGUUAAACUUCUAAGCUGUAAAAACAUAACUUAUUAGGGCAAAGCAAACUGGUAAUAUCUCCUCCUCUGUUUUGCCCUGGGAUUAGUCUAUCUUUAUGAAAUACUCUCUGACUAGCUAAAGGCAUUAUACUUUGGAAUAAAGCCUGACUUAAUGCU